AUGUAUUGGCUUACACAUGGUGUCGACGCCGACUACGCCAAGAACCUCACGGCGAAGUGCAAGCCGGGCAACGUCGCCACCGUGCAGCCGCUCGACCCCACGACGCCCAGCACCUUCGACCUGGGGUACUACAACAACGUCUACAACCACCGGGCGCUGCUCGCCUCCGACGCGCUGCUCAACGACAGCCUCUCCGGCGCCUACGUCCAACUCAUGACCAACGCCUCCUCCGUCGACGUCUUCUUCGCCGACUUCGCCGUCUCCAUGAUCAACAUGGGAAGGAUCGGAGUGCGCACCGGCACCGACGGCGAGAUCAGGGCCACAUGCGCAAUCUACGUCGACUGA